AUGGUUUCUGGUCUUCUUGCCGGUGUCACGACUUCAUCUAUCGAAAGGAGCAUUAUGAUUUUGUACAACAUGAUAACAAGAUGUGUGAUGUGGCCCAACAAGCAAAGCUGCUCCUCUAAAGGCUAUGCUCGUGGCUAUUUAUCAACCGACAAGGAACCACAGGAAUGACAGGAAUCAAGCCUAGAGGGAAUUAUUUGCCUUGUUUUCGACCUUGCUCCUUCUGUCCAAGAGUCCCAGAUGGAUGAAAGAAUGACCAGAAAGCCACCACGUAGGCCACAAUGCAAUAAGCAAAGGGCCAACACGUACUUGUAAUGGCUCUUUGGUCAGGUAAACACCUGAUAUGAAUUCACCACCCAUACCACCUAAUACCGGUGAAUACAGUCUCGUCGGUUCAUGUCCAGUUCUCUUUCUUUUCUACUUACUGUCCUUGCACCACGAAUAGUUGGAUUGCCCUUUGGUCCUGUCUCUAGCUGGAUAUUGACAAGCUCGUACUGGUAGCCAGAGCUUGCUAGCUUCGGUAAGCUGGAGUUCCUUGGAAGGCUCAUAAACUAAAGCAAGAACUUUCAUGCAAUUCAAUUCAUCUGCCUGGCUGCAGUGCUACUAGUAGUAUUAUCUACUCGGUGUUAGCUAUUAAUAGCUAGCAAAGAGCUAUUAAUAGCAAGUGCAAGUAAGUGCAAGCAACGACCAUGAUGCACCAGCUAUCCUCGAACGGCAUGUCCAGUUCCAUUGAAAGCCGAGCACAAGAUGAGCGCAUCUGCGCAUGUCGUCAAGCAGCGUCCAUUCCCGCGACACUUAACAUCGACAUGCAAGCUCAGGAGCCGCUUCAUAAGAAUGCCAAUAAGAAUGCCAAGAAGAUCCCGGUAAGCCAAGUCGAGGUCGAGGUCGAAGUCGAAUACCCGUCGUGUUGUAAUCGUGCGACCAAUGACAACGGUGACAACGGUACCAACGGCGUAAACAACGGCGUAAACAACGACGCGGAAUCGCUGGGCGCUGCUUCGUUGGACGACUCUUCGUGGGACGAUAUUGCCAAAGACCUGCAUCUGUUCGAACUCUACCAUGGCAGCAGUGCCAGGCUUCUUGGUAACAGCAGCAGUGCCGGGCUUCGCGUGAGCAUGCACGACAACGAAGAACAACAAGAGGGAUCCUAUGGUGCCAUGACCAGGGACAAGUCUUCCCGUCGUCUCCGUACUUCCAACACUAGUGCUUCCAAGAGAUGUAGCGGCAGCAGCAGUCGCCGGCGUUCCAGCACGACGAGCAAAACGAAUGAAUCGUUCGACGACUUCUUGGAGAGCAAGUGCAGCAGUCACGACAAAGACAAGUCGUCCAGAAGACGCAGCAGUCACGAAAAGGCCUCGAGAAGACGCAGCAGCAAGAGCCGACGGAGAAGCAGCACCUCCAAGACCGCCACGAGCACCGUCACGACCAUCUCGGAGCACCCAGACAAGACCACUGAAGACGACAUGCCCGUACUGGUGCCAGCGCCAGAGGACCUUUCUUCGACCGACCUCGUACAACAAGACAAGGACACUGUUCAACAAGACAAGGACACGGUACAACAAGACAAGGACAGCUUGUUUUACCAAUUGCCGGGCAUCCUUGGAAAGGACGCCAAAAUUCCAGAGCCAUCGUUUGACUGGAACGCAUACUUUGAAACUCUUCCACACAAGAUGGUUGAUCAGUUUGCACCCAAGAUCAUCAGGGCUCUCCGCAAAGAUGAACCCGAAGCCCUGCAAACGCUUUGGUUCCGAGGUUUGCUAGACUGGAAUUGCUGCAACGUGUUGGGGGAAAGAUUGGCACACUUGGCCUGUCGAGAGGGAUCUGUCAAGGUCAUGCAGUAUCUGGUCAAGCAAAUCAAGGUUCCUCUUCGAAUAUGCGAUACUUCGGGAAAGACCCUACUGCAUGAACUUUGUGCGCUCAGCCAGCCUGCCCACAUGGAAAUUGCUUCCAUGGUUUUGGCGGAUGCUCCUGAGCUCUUAUUUGUCAAAGACGAUCGGGGUCUCACUGCCUUGGACUACACUCCUCCCGAGUGUCACCAGACUUGGUUGGAAUUUCUUACCAGGAGACAAACCUUCCUUCAAGUCAUGCUCAAACUAAAGGCAAGCAACAGGCUCACAGCUCAGCUAUAUGAGAGGCAACAACAUUUGCUGCAAACCAUUGGGAAUAAAAGGAUUAGCUAG